AUGAAUAGUUUAAUCAUUUCAUAUAUAAUCUCUGUUUUUGUUUUUAUUUAUAAUUUUUUUUCUUUAAAUAUUUGCAAAUUCAUUACCAACACCAUCAACAUCUUUAGUAACAAAGAUAAUAAUAAUAAUAAUAGUAAUAUUUUAGAAAAUAAUACAAAAAAUACAACAGGCAUCAAAAUUACAUUAAGUGAAUAUAAUCACUAUAAAGAAUUGUUAUUAAAAUCAAAUGAUAAUAGUUCAAUAUUAAGUGCCAUAAAAAAAUUAGAUUUCUUUUUAGCAUCAAUGGACUUAAUUAAUUUUUUAGAUGCCAAAGAAUUAGAAACACUCAUUAAUAGCAUUUUAAAAAUAGCAUUUUUUUCAUUAGCUAGUAAUAGUGUUUCAGAUGAAAUUAGAGCCAAUAGUAGCUUAUUAGUUUCAAAUUUAAUUAUCAAGGGAUGGUUCAAUCCAAAUUCUUCAGAGGAAACCAUCAAAUUAUUGGAAGAAACACUCGCAUGUAUGUAUAACUGCAUUUCAAACCCAGAAAAGGUUGAAUUUAAACAAACAGAAGUUGCAGUCUUAAUAUUUAUGCAUUUUGGAAAUGCUAAAAAAGAAUAUCAAAAAAGUAAUAAAAUACAUCAAUUCCAAAAUUUAAUAGACAAAGUUUAUCAAAGCUCCUUAGACCUCCAUAUAAAACUAGGAUUUUAUGAAGCAAAAGAAGACCACUGUCUAUUACGUUCAAAUACAUACAAUGUUCUUUGGUCAUUAUAUGACUCCAUCAGCGACGAUUUCAUUCCAAAACACAUAAAAUCCCAACAAGCCUGA